AGCAGCUAUAAGUAGGACAGCUCUCCUCGUGGUUAUGUUUUCCUUCUCGCGCUUUCUGAAUAACAGCCACCAUGAGUAAGUCUAGCUCCCUGAAAGUAAAGAACUUAUUUAAAAUCAAAUCACCUGAUAAAGAAAGCAAGGAGCGGAAACAGUCCGCUUCCCUCAAAGAUGUAGCAGCGUCCAGCCCCCGGGACAGGUCGGACACUCUGCCGUCAAACCUCGGUCCCUUAAGCCCGGGAGACAGCGUCACUCUGCCCGGGGAUGUUUUACCCAUUUCCCCGAAAGAAAAGAAGCCAAAGAGGCUGUUGUCGUUUAAGAUUAAACGAAAGAAAUCCAAGCAGAAAGAAGAAGCAGGAGGAGAUGUGUUCUUCACUGGUGAACUGGACAGCUUCCAAAGCAACAAGAGCUUCGACCAGAUCAGUGUUUGCACAGAGUCGGACUGGGACCCUGAGUCCUCCUCCAUGAUCAGCUUUGACAUGAACCAGCCACACCACCCUUCCUCAUCCUCCAAAUUCGUCAAGGGUUCGGAGGAGAAGAGGGGAAUGAUGGAUCGCCUCUCCCACUUCUUCAACAAGAAAAAGAAGAGCACUAGGCAUCGCUCAGACGCCUCCAGCGAUGGAACCACCCCAACAUCCCCCCUGUCCCCAUCUUCACCCCUGCCCCUAGAGGAGGAUGAGCUGAAGACGCCAACUCCAUCUCGAAAACACAUUGAGUAUGGCGAGACACUCAGCCAAAGCUCGAGUCCCAGCGGCUCCAGCGUCAUCUCUCUGUUGACAGUGGAUGGAGACCUCCCGUUUGCAGACAAUAACAGCAGUGGCAGUGGCAGUGUGAGGGAGGUUCAUAUGUGCAGGAUCAGCACAGCCAGCACGGAGAGGAAGUCUGGGAAUGUGACUCCAACCACUCUGGAUCUCGCUACCACAACUCAACCAAGUGCUGAGUCAGACGUAGGCUUUGCAGAGUUGGUGGCGGAGGAAGUAAGCAGGAGGCUGAGCAGUUUGGAUGGAAAUACUGUGAAAAAUACAGAGAAUAAGAGCUCCACAUUUAAAAUCUCCCUUUCCAAUGCAGCUGAGGGCCCAAAGUCACCAAACUUAACCUCUAUAAGCUUGGGAACAAAGAAAACGUCAGUGAAAAUUGGAGAGAAGGGGCACAGCACCGCCUUGAAAGGAAUAACUUUAGGCUCUCGUUCGUCUACCUCGCGCCCCGCCACAACCCAAAAGGAGGGCGGAGACUCUCCGUACUUAGCGAGGGAAGACAAGAGGAGGGGUCAGGUAUUCUCUUGGGACACUGAAGCCUCGGAUUGGAGCCCAUCACCUGAAAAAGAGAAAGUGCCUGAAGGGGGUUCUCCUGUCUUCUACAAAGCAUUAUGGGUGGAAACACACCUGGGACCAGAGGAGGACGUGGGGAGGGAGGGGGAGAAAGAGAAGGAUAUAAUGAAACAAGAGGAGGAAGGCUUCAGAGCAGACUCUCCUCCCGUGCUGGCUAUACCUGUCACAGUCAUUCCUGAGGACGACUCUCUCCCCCAGAGCGCGGCAGACCGCCCCUCCACCCCCUCUGAGACUCUGCCGUCCGGUGGAAGCCUGCCAGAAUCAGACAUCUCCUUGGCACCGACUACAGGGGAGUUUCAAACAACAGUACCACAGCCGGAGGAGCCUGGCACUGGCACAGGCUCAAAGCAAAGUUCACUUCAGGAGAAACGAAGGGUGAGAGAACACCGCGUUUCGCGCAAGUCUGUGAAUCUGCCUUCCAAGCACAAAGUGUUUGCCCACAAGGUGCGCGUCAGCCCCGAGACAAGUUUGGAUGGGGACGAAGCAGCGGAAGAGGAGCUCAGCAGAGAUUCAACUACAAAGACUUCAGACGCAACACAAGUGAAACUACUGCCAAGCCUCCAGGACAACAACAAUGUGGAACUCAAGGAUGCCAACCUUGAGCCAUUUCCAAUAACAGACGUCACAACACACUCUGAAACAAACACUCCUGAACCCCUAGUUAUAGAAAAAACAGAGUCUGAGGCCACUGAUUUUGCUGAUAUCUCUGCAAACUCAGACAUGUUCAGAGCAAAGUCACAAGCGCCUGGGUCUGGGUUAAAAGGCCAAGGAACUGCUCAGGCUCAGCCCUCUAAACGAGGGGUUAAAGCAGCAGCAGAAAGUCGGCAUACCACAGCAAGUGGAGCAAAGACCCCGUCAUCAGCAGCUGCCAGCAAGGACAAACCUGUGAUAACAAAGGCUAAAGCCUCCACAGAGAGCACAGAAGUGGGAACUUCCAGUGAUAUUCCAGCACAGAGGGAACCUAGCAAUGAUAAAACAGCUUCUAUGUUACCAACAUUAAAAGACCAAAUCACCAGUGGUCCCUUAAGUCCAACUGCUUCAAAGUCUAAAAUCCCCAAAAGGUUAGGAUCGGAUGCUGAUGUGAAAUCACCAGUGACACCAGAUAAAAUGCCAGUGGCUGAUGCUUCCGGGUCAGUGUUCACUGAGGCCUUGAAAUCUCCGGUGAGUCCAACCAGAGCUGUCAGGAAACAAAGUUUUGAAGAAGCCAAGGGAGGCCGAGCUCUGUCAGGGAACAUUUCUCCUACAAAAACAACAAACAAGACAGGAACAAAGCUUAUUAAAGAAAAGCCAAAUGAGGUCAGUGACUCUAUAAAGCUGGUAAAUGGCCUGGAGAAUGACCACGAGGAGAGUAUUAUUAAAGCAGGACACCAAACGGACAGGGAGGGCUUGGAUGUAAAAAAACAAAGCCAAACCCGUCAGGAGAGUAAUGCCUCCUCGGCAUUAAAGAGCCGAUUACCCAUUUCAUCUCCUACAAGAAAGAAGAAUGUUGAUACAACUCUAACAAGUGGCACCGACUUCAAAAGAAUGACACAUGAUCAGACCGAUUCAGACAUAUCCAAGACAGAACAGAAGCCAAAGCAGCAAGAAGUCAUUCCUGAUGAGAGGCCCGGUAGUGCAUCACCACCUCCACUGCCUGAAAGUCCCAAGAAAGGAGGUAUGCUGUCACCAAGAUCAUCCAAUCGCCCCACUAAAAGAAGCAUCAACCAAGAAGACAGUGACACACGCACAACUAGUAUCUCUCCACCUCCCACCAAGCAAGAGAAACCCUUCUCUUCAAGGCUCUCCAAACCCAGCGACUUAAAAUGCCCAAAAAGUCCAGUCCCAUCGCCUGUAAGCAAGCUUCCUACAAGAGGUGAGAGAAGCCCCAACAAAGUAAGAUCCAGAAAACCUUCACCAACUGAGAAUUCUGUGAGCACAUCCACGUCUAAACAGGAGGACUCAAAUCAGAACAAAGCGUCUGAGAGUGUCAAAGCAGAUCAAGUGAAAGACAAUUCCAUUGGUGACAUAUUUGUAUUCAAUUCUCUAUCAAAAGAAGGAAAAGAGCAUGCAAUAAAACUCACAGACAGUAUAGGUGAAAACAAAACAAAAGGAAAAGGGUCAAAAGAAUUAGAGGAGAGCAUAACCAGUCCUGCAACAGAGGAUAUUUCAAACAUCCAACAAAUACAAAACAAUGAUGCAAUUAUUCCAGAAAAGGCUCAAAUAAUAGUUACACCACUAAAAGGCUCAGGGGCUGAGGCAUUGCUAAGCAGUGAUGCUGCCAAGGCAAGUCCAUCUCAGACGCCUAUUUCUGAUGUAGUUACUGGUGCAAAACUCGGUUCGCAACCCACUACAGCUCACAUUCAAAGUGAAAACACCAAGCAGGAACAGGAAACAGCACCAAAGAUUUGUCCAGAAGAACUGAAAGAGAAAGACAAUUCAGAGACAACGCAGCUAAUAGGUAACAGAAAACCAGAUUCAAUCAAAGAUAGAGGCCUUCCAGAGCCAAACUCUGGCGUUUUGGCGAAGGACACAAUACCCGCCUAUGAGGAUGUAAGUGAUAUGUCAGCAAAACCUGUUGUGGUUGGCAGCACUCACGGUGACAAAAUGACACGUUCUGAUCUGGAUCAUGUUUUACCAGGGAGUGUUUCCUUUAAAGAAACAAAUAAGGUCCCUUCUAAGGAAUAUAAUGGCAGAAAUAGUCUUCCUGCUAAAGACCAAGAUGCUGAACCAAAAGCUGUAUUAGCAAGCACUUCCAUUGAUACUGGUGUUGACCUGGCCAGAACAGAGCAGCAAAAUGAGUUAUUGAAGGAUCAAAUUCUUAAAAAUGAUAGAUUUCCCACAUCGAGCAGAGAUUUAUCAGAUGAUUUUAAAGAGAACAUUAUGGAGGAGGUUGGCAAGAAACCAGCAGAGGGUUUGGACAUUCAAACAGAGGCUGUGACUGUUUGUGAAUUGCAAAAGAAUGUUGAAAAUCAGAUGGACAAAGAGCCUCUUUUACUGCCAGGAGAAUGUGAAAGAGAUGAGAAAGACUCAAAACCAAAUAAAAAGCUAAAUGAUACUGUGGUGGAAAGCGCUGACUCACAGAGCAGUUGCAAAAAGGAGCUGAAGCGUGUAACUGUUGAGGAUGAAGAAAGAAAAGACCUUACAAAACCACAGAAGCCAACAGAUCUUUCAUCAGGAAAGAAAUGUUCACAGCCUGUCUCAGAGGACGGAAUACAGACGGUAGUUACAGAUGCCCUGGAAGAGAAGAAGUCUGAGCAAGCAAAAAGUGCACUCCAGGACAAUACAGCCGGUUUGGUUGACACAAAGAAGCAAUGUGAGAUCCUCUUAAAGGAAAUUGAAGAGAGUGGUGAUCAGGAAAAUGAACAGGAACCAAAAGUAAUUCUUACCAAAGAUAAGAAGAUCGGGGAUAAGGAGGAAAAACAGGGGGACAAACAAGUUGACGUUGCUGAGAAAAUAAGCACUACAACUACUAAGAGUAAAACAAAGGAAGUAUCAAUGCAGAAUUUACCAAAUGAGAAUUCUGAAGUUAGGAACCAAAAGGAACAGAAGACGUUAAAAGCUGGAAAUCAAGAUGGGGAUAAAGCAGAGGAGAAUGCUAAUGGAUCAGCAAAAUCCAAUGGUUCAAAUGCUAACCUAGAACAGCAACCUGCAACAGAAACAGUUCCAAAGAAGACAACAAAAAGCCAUUUUUCACAAAUGGAUACAACUCAAGAACUAAAAGCAGUAAACAGUGAAACCCAGAGUGCUCAAGGUACUAAAGACAAGACUGAAACAAAAGAUUCACCAAUCAAAAGUUUGGUGAAUGAGACUCCAAUUGUAAAUGCUGAAGUAAGCAAACAGAAAGACCAGAUGUCCACACUUGUGAGAGAGCAAGAUGAAGACAUUACAAGACCAGAGAAAAACCAAUUCAUAAAAUCCAAACAUCCAAAAUCGAACCUGCAACAGCAACCACAGACAGACAAAACUCAAGUUCAAAAGAAACUACUGGAGGAACAGAUUUCACAAAGCGAUACAACUCAAGAACUCCGACCUAUGUACAAUGAAGAUUGUACAAAAACUGACCUGAAACAGGAAGCAGAAGCGGUACAAUCAGAAGCUCCAGAGAAGAAAUCAGAAAACCGAAUUAAAGAUCUGAAGGUUGUAGGCACUGAAACUCAAAGUGCAUCUGGUAUCAAAGGAAAGACAGAAACAAAAGAUUCAUCAGUCAAGAGUGUCGGAGGUGAGGUAGCAAAGACAUUAGAAACUCCAAAGGUAUCAGAAAGCAACAGUCAAGAACUAAAGGUUGCAACCACCAAAAGUCAGAGUGUUGAGGGAGCUAAAAAGAAGACUGAAACAAAGGAUUCAUCAACAAAGGAUCAGAAGACUGUAAUUGUUGAAGAUCAACAUGAGGACAUAACCAAACCAGAUACAAAUAAAUCAACAGUAUCCAAACCUCCAAGUACUGACGUGAUACAGGAAGUGCAAAAAUCAGAAGCACCAAAGAAGAAAUCAGAAAACCAAACUCAAGAACCAAAGCUUGCAAGCACAAAAACGUUGAGUGAUAGUGUAGCUAAAGAGAAGACUGAAACAAAGGAUUCAUCAGGAAAGAGCUUGGUGAGUGAGACGUCAACUGUGAAAGCUAGCAGUGAAGUUAGCAACCAACAGGAUCAGAAGUCUGUAAUUGUUGAAGAUCAUCAUGAGGAAAUAACCAAACCAGAUACCAAUAAAUCAACAGUAUCCAAAACUCCAAGUACUGAUGCGAAACAGGAAGUGAUGAAAGCAGAAACGCCAGAGAAGAAAUCAGGAGGACAAAUUCAAGAUCCAAAGGUUGUAAGCACAAAAACCUUGAGUGCUGGUGGACCUAAAGAGAAGACUGAAACAAUGGAUUCAUCAGUAAAGAACUUGGUGAGUAAGACGUCAACUGCAAACGCUAACUUUGAAGUUAUCAACCAGCAGGAUCAGAAGAAUGUAAUUGUUAAAAAUCAACAUGAGGACAUAACCAAACCCGAUACCAGCAAAUCGACAGAAUCCAAUUGCCCCAAGGCUGACCUGAAACAGGAAGUGGUACAAACAGAAGCUCCAGAGAAGAAAUCAGAAAGCCGAAUGAAAGAUCUAAAGGUUGUAGGCACUGAAACUCAAAGUGCAUCUGGUAUCAAAGGAAAGACAGAAACAAAAGAUUCAUCAGUCAAGAGUGUCGGAGGUAAGGUAGCAAAGACAUUAGAAACUCCAAAGGUAUCAGAAAGCCAAAGUCAAGAACUAAAGGUUGUAAGCCCCAAAAGUCAGAGUGUUGAGGGAGCUAAAAAGAAGACUGAAACAAAGGAUUCAUCAACAAAGCUUUUGGUGAAUGAGACGUCAACUGGGAAUGCUAACUAUGACGUUAGCAAGCGACAGGAUCAGAAGACUGUAAUUGCUAAAGAUCAACAUGAGGACAUAACCAAACCAGAUACAAAUAAAUCAACAGUAUCCAAACCUCCAAGUACUGACGUGAUACAGGAAGUGCAAAAAUCAGAAGCACCAAAGAAGAAAUCAGAAAACCAAACUCAAGAACCAAAGCUUGCAAGCACAACAACGUUGAGUGCUAGUGUAGCUAAAGAGAAGACUGAAACAAAGGAUUCAUCAGUAAAGAGUUUGGUGAGUGAGACGUCAACUGUGAACGCUAGCAGUGAAGUUAGCAACCAACAGGAUCAGAAGUCUGUAAUUGUUGAAGAUCAUCAUGAGGAAAUAACCAAACCAGAUACCAAUAAAUCAACAGUAUCCAAAACUCCAAGUACUGAUGCGAAACAGGAAGUGAUGAAAGCAGAAACGCCAGAAAAGAAAUCAGGAGGACAAAUUCAAGAUCCAAAGGUUGUAAGCACAAAAACCUUGAGCGCUGGUGGACCUAAAGAGAAGACUGAAACAAUGGAUUCAUCAGGAAAGAACUUGGUGAGUAAGACAUCAACUGCAAACGCUAACUUUGAAGUUAUCAACCAGCAGGAUCAGAAGAAUGUAAUUGUUAAAAAUCAACAUGAGGACAUAACCAAACCCGAUACCAGCAAAUCGACAGAAUCCAAUUGCCCCAAGGCUGACCUGAAACAGGAAGCGGUACAAACAGAAGCUCCAGAGAAGAAAUCAGAAAGCCGAAUGAAAGAUCUAAAGGUUGUAGGCACUGAAACUCAAAGUGCAUCUGGUAUCAAAGGAAAGACAGAAACAAAAGAUUCAUCAGUCAAGAGUGUCGGAGGUAAGGUAGCAAAGACAUUAGAAACUCCAAAGGUAUCAGAAAGCAACAGUCAAGAACUAAAGGUUGCAACCACCAAAAGUCAGAGUGUUGAGGGAGCUAAAAAGAAGACUGAAACAAAGGAUUCAUCAACAAAGGAUCAGAAGACUGUAAUUGCUAAAGAUCAACAUGAGGACAUAACCAAACCAGAUACAAAUAAAUCAACAGUAUCCAAACCUCCAAGUACUGACGUGAUACAGGAAGUGCAAAAAUCAGAAGCACCAAAGAAGAAAUCAGAAAACCAAACUCAAGAACCAAAGCUUGCAAGCACAAAAACGUUGAGUGCUAGUGUAGCUAAAGAGAAGACUGAAACAAAGGAUUCAUCAGUAAAGAGCUUGGUGAGUGAGACGUCAACUGUGAACGCUAGCAGUGAAGUUAGCAACCAACAGGAUCAGAAGUCUGUAAUUGUUGAAGAUCGUCAUGAGGACAUAACCAAACCAGAUACAAGCAAAUCGACAGAAUCCAAGCCUCCAAGUACUGAUGCGAAACAGGAAGUGAUGAAAGCAGAAACGCCAGAGAAGAAAUCAGAAAGAAAAAUUCAAGAUCCAAAGGUUGUAAGCACAAAAACCCAAAGUGCUGGUGGAGCUAAAGAGAAUACUGAAACAAUGGGGACAUCAGUAGAGGGUUUGCUGAAUGAGACGGUGAAUUCGGAAGUUAACCAUGAAGUUAGCAACCAACAGGAUCAGAAGUCUGUAAUUGUUGAAGUUCAACAUCAGAACAUUACCAAAGCAGAUACAAGCAAAUGCCCAAAGGCUGACCUGAAAAAAAAAGCGCAAGAGAAGAAAUCAGAAGGCCAAAUUCAAGAACUGAAGGAUGAAUGCACUAAAACUCAGAGGGUAGAAGGAACUAAAGAAAAGACUGAAACAAAGGAUUUACCAAUGACGAGUUUGGUGAAUGAGAUUGUUAUUGAGAAUGCUAACUUUGAAGAUAGCACAGAAAAGGAGCAGAAGCCCUCAGUUGUCAGAGAUGAACCUUUAAGGAUUAAUAAACCAGAGAAUGUCACUGGUCAAUCCACAGAUUUUAAAGCAGCCAACAAGAAUGAUGAGAAACAAAAGAAAAUGAAAGAAAGGAAAGAAGGCGUUGAAAUAUCAAAUAAAGUAACAAAGCAGGAAAAUCAGCAGAAGGCAUCAAAGUUAGAUGCUCACCAAGAGUCAGAAAGCAUUUCUGUGAAAGAUGCAUCUAGCAAAAUAAGUGGUGCAGAACAAAAAGACAAGCUCACUGUUGUUCCAGAGACGGGACGUUAUAGCACUGAUACUCAGAAGAAGGAUGAAGACACCAAAGAAAAAACUAAAACAGGCAGUGGUUUCAAACGGGAGCAGCAGACUUCAGAAAAAGAGAAAACCAGAAACCUCAAUGAUCCACAGAAGCCUGCAAGCCCAUCACUCAACGGCAGUUUGUCUCUUGCUGCCACAGCGGAAGCACCCGCAACAUCUCAAAGUCCCCAGCUAAAGAAGGAAUCUCCAUCUACUUGGUUAGAUUUAGAGCAUCCGAAGCAGAAGAAGGCACAUAAAAGAAGACUAAAGGCCUCGGCAAGUGAGGAUGAAUCUCUUGAUCCUGAUGACUAUGACGAGUUAAUCAGGAGCAUUAAGGAGGGCAGCAUUCCUUUCUCACUGCCUCCCAAGAGGCAUAUUCCUAAAAAGUCCCCGUCUCCACCUCUUGGUUUGUCGCCUAUCAUUGAGGACAAUUUUGAACCAUUUGAUCCAGAGCAAUUCCAGUUCGGCCUAGGGAAAAAUGGCGCAAGUUUUAAGGACCCUCCCCUAUUAUCUAUGGUGAUGAAACAGAAAGCAGCUAGUAGGGAACGGCGGUUUCUGGAACGAGAACAGGAUAAUGCCAAUCACACAUCUAGAGGCCAACUGAAUUCACUUGACGAGGUGGAAGGCAAAGAUGGAGUCAAAGAGGGGGAUAAUACUGAAAAUGGACAAGAAGAGGGAAAUAACAAUGGACAAGAGACAGGGAAGCUGACGUCACGACUUGGGAGGAUGUCCAUCCUCUCCAGCUUAAUGAAUUCCCCUCGGCCCUCCAGGAAGGCCAAAGAGGAAGUUGCCUCUGACACAAAUAGCACGCUUUCUACUCCACAACAGGACCUGCUCUGGCUUGGAAAGAAAGGAGUGUUUGAUUCACCUCUGCCUGCAGAUAAGAAGGGUGUGAAAGGUAGAGACCAAGGCCCACUUGUGGGUGGUGGUAUAGGUGCAGUUAGUGAGUCAGCAGUCAAUCCCUCCUCUCCACCUCCUCCUGCUCUCCCGUCAUUCUCAGAGUUAAAGCAGCCUGUUCAUUUAGAGAAGUACCUCAAGAAGAACAAAUCAGAGUCUGAGGCCUCCAGCGGCUCUACACAUAUGACUAAAACUGAACUAGGUCCUAAGGGUGCGACAAUGGACCAGACCCCAAUAGAAGUACCAAAUGUCGAAGAGAGCCUGAAGGGCCCCGCAGAACUGCCUCCAACCAGCGAGAACAGCCAGCAGACUUCCCUGAAUGGACUAACUAAACCUAAGCCUAAGACACCUGCAGUAAGAGGGUUCCACAAAAGGCCUGGAAAGAUUGUCGUACAUGAGCAAGACCAAUUUGGAGGGCAGCAGUUUGAACUGUACUGUGAUGUAGAGGAUGCCACCACGAUGAAGCUGUCCCCUGUCAUCUCAGUCAGAGUCAUCAGAGGAUGCUGGCUGCUCUAUGAGAAACCUGGCUUCCAGGGUCGUAUCAUCGCCCUGGAGGAAGGUCCUACGGAGCACAUAGUGAAUAUGUGGGCAGAGGAAGGGACCCCGACCACACUAGAUGCAAUGGGUGAGCCUGUACCAACAGCACCUAUGGUCAUAGGCUCUAUUCGACUGGCAGUUAGAGACUAUAGCAUUCCCCAUAUUGACCUGUAUCCUGAGGUCAAUGGGAUGGGGAGGAUGACCUCUUACUAUGACGAGACUGUGGAGAUUGGCUCGUACAGUAUGCCGCAGACCACUGGCUCCAUUAAGGUUCAUUCUGGAGUCUGGUUGGUGUACACUGAUCCAGGGUUUGAAGGGUUUGUGGGAGUGCUGCAGGUGGGGGAGUAUCCCUGCCCAGAGACCUGGGGCUUCCCUCAGCCCUUCAUCGGCUCGCUCAGACCCCUCCGCAUGGGAGCGAUAAAGGUGGAGCAUCCUCAUGAAAUAAAGGCCUUAGUGUUUGAGAAGCCCAACUUUGACGGAGAGUGCAUAGAGGUUGAGGGUGAUGUGUACAACUUGCAAGAAGAACUGGAAGAGGAGAAAACGGGCAAACCAGACGAGAAAAAGAAGACCCUGUCUGCAGUGGGUUCUAUAAAGAUACUUGGUGGUUUCUGGGUGGGUUAUCUAGAGGCGGACUUUGAGGGGCAGCAGUACAUCCUGGAGGAGGGGGAGUAUCCUCACUGCAGUGACUGGGGGGGGUCUGAGGAUGGGCUCCUGUCACUUCGGCCUGUGUGCACAGAUUACCUCUCCCCUCACGUCAAACUGUUCAUGGACCGGCACUUUGAUGCACGAGGGCUCAAUGUGGACUUGCUGGGACCUGUCCCCAACAUGCAGGACGUCGCCCAUGGUUGCAAAACACAGUCUGCCAACGUCAUGGGUGGAGUGUGGGUGUGCUUUGAGCAGCCCGGCUUCAGUGGAGAGCUCUACGUCCUGGAGAGGGGCCUCUACGCAGGCCCUGAGGACUGGGGGGCCCAGAACCCCAAGAUCUCCUCCAUCCAGCCGGUCUUCCAUGACCCACUGAUGGGAACGACUAAAUUCAAGGUGCAGCUGUUUUCUGAGGCAGACUUCCAGGGCAGGCUGGUGUCUCUGGAGGACAGCACAGCGGCUCUGGAUGAGGACUUCACCCCCAGGUCCUGUAGGGUGCUGGCUGGCAGCUGGGUGUUAUAUGAAGGAGCUCAGUUCACAGAGAACAUGUAUGUGUUGGAGGAGGGAGAAUACCCCAACGCAGAGGCCAUGGGCUUCCUGUCCUCAGACUGCACCGUCCGCUCCAUACAGACCACGGGACAUGAGUUUUCUCUGCCCUCCAUCGUGCUGUUCAGUAAGGUGGGCUGCAGGGGUCGCAGGGUGGUCCUGAGUCAUGAAGCUUUGAACCUGCAACAGGCCGGCCUGGACACACGCACACGCUCCCUGGUGGUGGAGGGAGGAAUGUGGGUGUUGUAUGAAGGCAGUAACUUCCGGGGUCGACAGCUUCUUCUGCAGCCGAGUGAGGUGCUGGAUUUAUGGAAGUCCAGAGGCAUGCAGCAAAUCGGAUCCCUGCGGCCAUUAGUCCAGAAGCAGAUGUACUUCCGUCUGAGGAACAGGGAGACAGGAAGUGUGCUGUCUCUGACGGGGACUCUGGACGACAUCAAGCUGAUGAGGGUUCAGGCUGUGGAGGAGACGGGGGGGCUGGAGCAGGUCUGGCUCUAUCGGGGCGGGCAGAUGAGCUGCAAGCUGGUGGAGGACUGUUUCCUGGAGACCUCAGGCACUAUUGUGAUGGAGGGCAGCAGGCUGUGUGUCACCCCGGUGCGAGGCAACGGCAACCACCUGUGGAACAUCAGCCCUGAUGGUCUGGUGCACUGCGUCCUGAAACCUCAGCUGGUGCUGGAGGUCAAAGGUGGACAUCAGUAUGACAAGAACCUGGUGGUCCUGAACAUAUGUGAGGAAAGAGAAAUGAACCAAAGGUGGACCUUGGACAUCCUGUGAUCUGAUGAGCCUCCACUCACACCGAACCCUGUGAUGCAGCUCCGUCGUGGGGCCCACUCCACAGAGAGGGAGCAUCGGAUCAAUCAUUGCACCUUUGUGUGGAGUUCUGACUGUUGAGGGGAACCAUUGACUGGAUCAACAAUAUAACUAUGUUCUUAGAGUAGAGUGAAUGAUUGAGUUGUGUACAAAUAUGACAUAUUUCUUUGCCACUAGAUUUACAACACUAUAGACCAAAGACUCCAUGCACACACAUCUCUGUUUUCACUGCUUAUAGAGGACUCAGCCCUGGUUCAAUGCUGCACACCUCUCUUUACUUUAUGGUACAUUUCUACUGGUUCCUUUGUCUUAUUUCUGAUCAUAAUGUCUGCAUAUAUGAAUGUAUAGUGUAUAUUGAGAGCUGCAUUGUGAAGUCUGACGUGCACACUACACUCCAAAGAUGUAUUCUUUUUGUAUUAAUGUAGAUUAAAAAAGAUCUAUUGUAGAGUUUGGAUAUCUUGUUAGGACUUUUCACAAGCUGUACCCUACUGCAUCAAGUUGUACAUAAGCAUCAAGUGUAUAUAUUUGAGAUGAGAUUUCAAAGCAGAACUGCAACAACUAUGCUGCCCACUGCUGUAAAUAUGUGAAUGUAUGAGAGAAAGCUGUCGCACAUGAAAAUAAGAAUGCCGUUUUCUUUCUUUUGUCUUUUUUAGAAAAUAAAAGAUUUUAAUAACUUG